AUGUUCCGUCCGGCCUCGCGCGCCGUCGUGCGCGCCGCGUCGUCCACCUCCGCCCGAGCAGCACAGCGCAGACUCGUCAGCACCGCCCCGCCCACCCAGAAGUCGCGCAGCUGGAAGAGCUCUCUGGCCCGCUGGGGUCUGGCCGGCGCCGCCAUCUACUACUACAACACCGGCAAGGCCUUCGCCGACGAGCCCGACACCUUUGUGACGCCGCAGGCCACCGCUGCCGCCGCCGCUACCGCCAUCGAGGACGAGAACCUCCCCACCCUCGAGCAAGUCGCCGCCGAGCGCAGGAAGCGCGCCGAGGCCGAGGCCGCGCGGAAGAAGGCUGCAAAACAGGCUGCUGCUGAGGGCGCAGCGUCGUCGCCGGAGCAGCUGGAGGCCGAGGCCGACCAGCAGGGCGCCUUCAACCCGGAGACGGGCGAGAUCAACUGGGACUGCCCCUGCCUGGGUGGCAUGGCCCAUGGGCCGUGCGGCGAGCAGUUCAAGGCCGCUUUUAGCUGCUUCGUCUUCUCCAAGGAGGAGCCUAAGGGCAUGGAUUGCAUCGACAAGUUCAAGGGCAUGCAGGACUGCUUCAGGCAAUACCCGGAGAUCUACGGCGAGGAGCUGGAGGGUGACGAGGAGGAGGGCGCGCUUGCCCCUGAGGGUGUGGAUGCUGCGGUGGCUCAGGAUCUUGCGGAGACGACUGUCAAGGCUGUCGAGGAGGCGCCGAAGCCCGCGACCGAGAGCUAG